AUGGCCACCGUAAGUCACGCACCGCCUACAGAGCCCACCUCCGCUGGUGCUGCUGCUGCUGCUGUUCCUGCCGGACCGCUCCAAGCCGCUGAGCGGCGCCGUAAAACGGCAUCACCAUAUCGUACAAUACCGGUAAAAAGUCAAUACACUAAAUCGCCCAGCAAAGUAUCGCGAAACAAUACCUUCAUAGCACCAAGCCGAGGGAAGCCGAACGACAGCAACCGGGGCGGCGAUCAACCGGAAGAACCUCCGGCGGUGCUGGCGAAAGCGAAAUGCUUUAGCGCCGGUGCGGUGGAUGAACUACGAGAACGCAGUCAGGAGGACAGUACUGUGGAAUAUGUCUUCCAAGGGGAGGAUGUUAAAUUUUCGGGUAAGUUUUUCUUUGUCGUCACGGUGUUAAUUGGAUUCACGCAACCAUUUGUAGUUGAAGAAAUCGAAACACUGGAAGAGCGUGGCCAGCCACCAGCUGCAGCAGCAGGACCGGUUGUAUUACCCACCAAGAGAGCAAGUUCUAUUCCGAUCAAAAACAAAACCCUUAUCGGGCGGCCGAUUCGUUCGCAGCGAAGCCUGAUCAGUGGUAGUGAUUCGAAGACAAUAAAAUUUCUACUGAAAUUAACCACCAAAAGCUACUUCGAGACGUUGAAAUACGAAAUCGAUCGAAUUAAGGAGUCGGAUCGUAAAAUGCAGGACCAGGCUAGCUCGCAUGGCCACUCCAUAAUGGCGUUAAUUAACAAGGGAAUUGACUUUGAUCGGAAGAUGGAAGACCUUAGGAGCCAAAACGCUAGACUAUUGGUCGAAACGCGUGAGAAACAACGGGUUCAACAGGAUACUGUGAACGCUAUAACCUCCGAAUUGAACGAACUGAAAUCUGUCUGUAAUUUACUCUUGAAAAAUAUUGAAAAGGAUCAUGAGCUGGAUGUUUUAGCAAGAAAGCUUAGAAAAUCCAAAAAAUUCGACUCCAACACCUACAAAAUGCUCAAAUCUCAACUACGGAAACCAACUCAAGCGAAAGUUGAUUCCGUUAAGGUGACAGCUCCGAAGAGGUCCUCGUCCUGUUUACCGUCCAAAUCAAAAAGUGAAAACAUAUUACACAAACAACGAUCGCGAACGACGAAGGCAUCACGACUAUCGGUUAUGCGGCAGAAGAGCGACUGGUCAUCGCUGUCCAGCAUGUCGUCGGUCUCCACGGACGGUUCCGAUAUGCUCAGUGACAUCGAGGUUACGACGGAUAAACGUAGCGGCACAAGCGGGGGUUCACGGAGACGUUCCGUGAAGAUGAGCGGUGGAGCUGCCGGUAGUGUUUCUGUAUGGAGUCCGUACUGUCAAAACGGGGUCAGCCGAGUCAAGACAGCGCUGCGGAGGGUACGGAGGCACUGUGAUGCCGGACCAGGCCGAACCGAGCAAACGUUGGCGCUGCUCGGUCUGGUGCUGCUGCUGGCACUUUGUAGCAACCUAAUCGGUUAA